AGAAUAAUCCGAGGUGAAAAGUUAUGCCAACGCCACUAGUGUUAAUUUUUACCAAUAUGGAGUACAAGUACGUUUUAUGUAAAAUUACUUUGAGUCUUGGAGGGUGUGGAUUUCCUUAUCCGAACAUACAACUUACCAAUAGGUUUGAUUGUUUUUUUUAUACUAGAAAUAAAAAUAAAAAUAAAAAGUUUAUGAAUGUGUAAAACUAAAUUUUCUUAAAAAAAAAUAAAAAAAUAAAAAAUAGUAUGGAGUAUAUUGUUUAAAUUUUGGAAGGUGUUAGAAUUCAGCUCAUAACCGCCAUUUUCCCGCGAGAGCAAAGACCCAACAAACUCUGCAAAUCACUUCACUUUCUCACCAUUUUUCCCGAUCAAACUCCGGUGAAGCAAUCUGAAAAUGUUCGCGAUUCGAAUUCAUUCAGUUGACACAGAACACCCCCUUUUUCUCUCUCUUCCUUCGAACUCAAACCCCAGCCAUAAUCUUAACCCUAACCCUAAAUUCGUCGAGCGCAGAGGCAUAAUUCAUCUCUUCCGAGCCCUAAUCCGCCAUCCUUCAACUUCCGAUUCAUCUGCAUCCACUUCGCGAUCUACUCUCCUCUUUAUUGUAGCUGUUCCCAAUUAUUUCUCCUCUGAUGAUUUGCUUCGAUUCUUCGGGUCCCAUGUUGCGGAUAUAUCCGAAUUUAUCAUCAUUAGAAAUGAUGGUAUGGAGGAUAGGUACAGUGUGUUGAUUCGAACUUGGAAUCAGGUUACAGCUGAUGCGUUUUAUCGUAGUUUUAAUGGAAAGCGGUUUUCGCCACCCGAGGUUGAGAUAUGCCACAUUUUAUUUGUUCUUUCAAUAGAGUUUACUGAAUUUGGAGAAAUCGCCAGCACUUCGCCUUCUGAUUAUGUCGAGCUGCCUACUUGCCCCAUUUGUCUAGAGAGACUGGACCAAGAUACUAGUGGAAUUCAGAGUACACUUUGUGAUCAUUCGUUUGAUUGUUCUUGCAUUUCUAAAUGGACCUAUUUGUCUUGCCAGGUUUGUCGAUUAUGCCAGCAGCCGGAUGAUAGGCCUAACUGUUCUGUUUGUGAUACAUCAGAGAACCUCUGGGUUUGCAUCAUAUGUGGCUUUGUUGGAUGUGGAAGGUAUAAAGAAGGACACACUUUUAGGCAUUGGAAAGAUACACAGCAUUGCUAUUCACUCAAUUUAGAGACGCAGAGGGUUUGGGAUUAUGAAGGUGACAGUUAUGUUCAUCGAUUAAACCAUUCCAAAGCUGGUGAAAAGUCAGUGGCGGUUGACUCACAUUGCAUGUCCUAUGAUGGAGAUUGUGUCCACGAUGAGGAUUCUGAAAUGACUGGUGUUCUCUAUGGCAGCAAAGUCGAAGCAUAUUAUGAAUCUCUGCUUGUUGAGGCCAGAAGUAAAAAGGAUAAUAGUAUUGCCGUGGCUGUUGAGAAGGCUGUAACAACAAAGAUGCAAGACCUGCAGUGCAGACUGGAAAAAUACGAAGAAGAAAAAAAGGCAGUAAUGGAUAAGAAUCAUAUUCUAAUGAGGGGGCAGGAAGAGUACAAGAAAAAGAUGAAGGAACUUGAGGAAAGGGAGAUGAAGUCUCUAAGAUCAAGAGAUGAGCAGAUCAUUGAUCUUGAGGAGCAGAUUCGAGACCUUAAAAUCUACGUGGAAGCACAAAGGAAAAUUGGCAGCAUAACAGAUUCAGAUGGCUUAAAAGGAGGAACAUUGCUGCCUGUGCCUGAAAUGCAAUCCGCUCCUGCCAAUCCGAAGAGGCGUACAAAGUCAGGCCGACAUCGUAAUUAAACUUUCAUGUUAGGACUUGCUUGUGUGUAUAGAGAUAAGAUUGUCUAGAGUGGCUUGUCAUUGUGAAUAUGAAACGAUGUAGAUUUUUUAAAGUUCAAUCAAUGAUCACUUUGCAUGUCUUCA